UUAAACCCUGGGGCUCCGCAGAAGGCGGAGUGGCUGCGGGAGAGUCUGGCGGAGGGAGAUCCAGACGUGUCCCGGGUGAACUGAGGGCUCUUCCCGUGCAAAAAGAGGCCGAGGAGGGAGAGACCAGCGCCCGGCCCUCCUCCAGCUUCAACCCCGGGUCCCAUGCUCCCCAGCCACCCUCUCCAUGCUGGGGGAAGCGGGGAUGCCUGGAAGGCGGCGGGGAUCCGGGGAUCCCUUCCCGCCUUGUGUCCUGGGAAGAGCCCGAAUAGAAUAGAACAGAACAGAACAAAACAGAAUUUUUUAUUGGCCAAGUGUGAUUGGACACACAAGGAAUUUGUCCUGGUGCAUAUGCUCUCAGUGCACAUAAAAGAAAAGAUAACGUUCAUCAAGGUACAACAUUUACAACACAAUUGAUGUCUUUCUGCUGGAACAAGAGUCAGACCAGAGUUCUCAACAACCACAAGACACAACCUGUGUUUCCAACAGAGCCUCCUGGUCCUUCUGACCGCCCGGCUGUUUCUGACAGGAUUUGGACCCUUUUGAGGCCUCUACAGAUGGUUCCUGGAGAGGAAGAUGGAAAAAUUGCUGCCUCUGAAAACCAAAAAGCUUUUCUUAGGCAGGAAGGCAUUGAGAGGGACCUUUACUCCUACUCCCAUGCCCAUCAUCCCUGCCCUUCCCUCAGAUGCGCUCUUUCCCGCGCUUUUCAGGGAAUCCUGUAAAUUUACGGAAAAUCCACUAGGGGGCGCCUUCUGCUAACAGAAGGGAAGUCCAGGCGCUUCCCCAUCGGUCCACUGGUGUCACGGCUGCCUUUCCAGAAGAGACUUGGAAGGAAAUGACGUCACAAAACCUUGCCGCUCUAGGACACGGCACUCGCUCUCCUUAAACCCUGGGGCUCCGCAGAAGGCGGAGUGGCUGCGGGAGAGUCUGGCGGAGGGAGAUCCAGACGUGUCCCGGGUGAACUGAGGGCUCUUCCCGUGCAAAGAGAGGCCGAGGAGGGAGAGACCAGCGCCCGGCCCUCCUCCAGCUUCAACCCCGGGUCCCAUGCUCCCCAGCCGCCUUCUCCCUGCAGGAGGAAGCGGAAGAAGCCGGGAUACAGGGAAGGGGCUCCGGGGUUCCCUUCCCGCCUCGGGUCCGGGGAAGAGCCCGAAUAGAACAGAACAGAACAAAACAGAAUUUUUUAUUGGCCAAGUGUGAUUGGACACACAAGGAAUUUGUCCUGGUGCAUAUGCUCUCAGUGUACAUAAAAGAAAAGAUACCUUCAUCAAGAUACAGAAACUCGAAGGCCUUUGAAAUCCUUGCAAGACAAAAUUUCUUGGGGGGAAAAAGAGCAGAAUAACUUGGAGGGAUCAGUCCUGCAGCACCAGAAAUGGUCCUGUGAAGGAAAAGGCAUCUGGAGACCCAGAACAGUCCUUGGAGCCAUUUGGAAUUGCUCUUCAGGAAAGAGAAAGGAUGGAGACACAACCUUUUGGAAAGGAGGGAACCGGAAAAGGCCCUUCAGCUGCUCAGCCUGGGAAGCGGGGGAAGCCCUGGACAAGGACUGGGCACAAGAUCCUGGAGGAGGAAACCAUCCUCUCUUCAGGAGUUCAGCCCUGGAAUUUCAUCCAAUACCGGGAGGCUGAGGGUCCCCGAGGACUUUGCAGCCGACUCCAUGACUUUUGCAGGCGAUGGCUGAGACCAGAAAAGCACACCAAAGCCCAGAUGCUGGACCUGGUGGUUCUGGAGCAGCUCCUGUUCCUUCUGCCUCCAGUGAUGGAGGGCUGGGUGCGAGAGUGUGGAGCAGAGACCAGCUCCCAGGCAGUGGCCCUGGCAGAAGGCUUCCUCCUGAGCCAGACGGAGGAGAAGAAGGAGCAGGUUGAAUUGCAGGGCUGCACUGUGGAAAUAAGAGAUCCUGAGGGAAAGAAGAAUCCAUCAAGUCCCCCUCAGGAGCUGUUUUUCAGGAAGUUCCCUUGGGUAGAUCAAAGUCAGGACAUUUCAGGAGAGAAACAAAGCAUGAAGUUUUCUGGUUUUUUCGAUGGAGCUCAAACAGUAGUUGAAUCUCCAAAUCAAGAGAAUCUUGUGUCCUUCGAGGAGGUGGCUGUGUAUUUCUCUGAGGAGGAAUGGUCUCAGCUGGAUCCUGACCAGAAAGCGCUGCAUUCGGAAGUCAUGCUUGAAAACCAUAGGAACGUGGUCUCUCUGGGUAACAAUGGGCAGGAGAAUCAAGAUUUCUCUGAACUGUUCCAAGUGAUCAACGCUAAAGAUGAAAUGGAGAACUUUGGAAUUCAAAUCGAAUUUGAAAGCCAUGAGAGAAGCCAGUCAAAUAAUUGGAAUCAGGAUAGCUCAUUUUCCAUUGAUGUUCCGAUGCAAGACUUUCUUGCCCAACAAGAGAAAAUAAGGAAAAAAUAUAUUGGGAAAAGUGUAAAUGAACACUAUUUAACCCAAAACAAAGGAGAAGAUGCUAUAAGACACAACGGACAAAAUUUCAAUGGGACAUUCAUUUAUUCUCUUGGAUAUAACUUCUUUAUAUCUCAAGAAGUGAUUCACGCAAAAAAGGAGCCCUAUAAAUUUUUGGAAUCUGGAAAACAUUUUAGAACAAGCAGGCCACUUACUUUCCGUGAAAGGAUUCACACUGGGCAGCAACGGUGUACGGAAUCACCUGUAGCCCAUGCAGCCGAGACCUGCCAAACUGCAGGAGAGAAAUCAUAUAAAUGCAUGGAGUGUGGAAAGGCCUUUGCUCAACGCAGGUAUCUUGCUUCCCAUAAGAUGAUCCACACAGGGGAAAAGCCAUUUAAAUGCAUGGAGUGUGGAAAGACCUUUGCCCAAAGAGGUAAUCUUCUUUCCCAUAAAAUGAUCCACACAGGAGAAAAGCCAUUUAAAUGCAUGGAGUGUGGAAAGACCUUUAUUUAUAGCAAUGGACUUAGAUACCAUAAAAUGAUCCACACAGGAGAGAAACCAUAUAAAUGCACAGAGUGUGGAAAGACCUUUGCUCAACGCAGUUAUCUUGCUUCCCAUAAGAUGAUCCACACAGGGGAAAAGCCAUUUAAAUGCAUGGAGUGUGGAAAGACCUUUGCUCGAAGAGAUAAUCUUAUUUCCCAUAAGAUGAUCCACACAGGGGAAAAGCCAUUUAAAUGCAUGGAGUGUGGAAAGACCUUUAUUUAUAGCAAUGGACUUAGAAACCACAAAAUGAUCCACACAGGAGAGAAACCAUAUAAAUGCAUUGAGUGUGGAAAGACCUUUGCUCAACACAGUUAUCUUGCUUCCCAUAAGAUGAUCCACACAGGGGAAAAGCCAUUUAAAUGCAUGGAAUGUGGAAAGACCUUUCCUCGAAGAGGUCAUCUUAUUUCCCAUAAGAUGAUCCACACAGGGGAGAAGCCGUAUAAAUGCAUGGAGUGUGGGAAGACCUUUGCUCAACGAAGUUAUCUUGCUUCCCAUAAAAAGAUCCACUCAGAAGAGAAACCAUUUAAAUGCAUGGAAUGUGGAAAAAUGUUUACUAAGAGCAGUGCUCUUACUUCUCAUAAGAUGAUCCACACAGGGGAGAAACCCUUUAAAUGCCUGGAGUGUGGAAAGACCUUUCCUCAAAGAGGUAAUCUUAUUUCCCAUAAAAUGAUCCAUACAGGGGAGAAGCCAUAUAAAUGCAUGGAAUGUGGAAAGACCUUUGCUCAACACAGUUAUCUUGCUUCCCAUACAAAGAUCCACUCAAAAGAGAAACCAUUUAAAUGCAUGGAAUGUGGAAAGACCUUUUCUCGAAGAGGUAAUCUUAUUUCCCAUAAAAUGAUCCACACAGGGGAAAAGCCAUUUGAAUGCAUGGAAUGUGGAAAGACCUUUGCUCAACGCAGUUAUCUUGGUUCCCAUAAAAAGAUCCACACAGGGGAGAAGCCAUAUAAAUGCAUGGAAUGUGGAAAGAGCUUUGCUCAGAAUGGUAAUCUUACUUCUCAUAAAAGGAUCCACACUCGGGAGAAAGUAUAUAGCAAUAGCAAUUCCACUUUAGACUUAUCUACCACUCCACAACUUCCAGAACAUCUGUGCAGGCCAAAAUUGUUGGCCUUACCUUCCAGUUCCAGCCCACAGGGCUUGCAAAGGCAAGUCCUGUACUUGGCCAAAGUGUGGGGCCAGUGGGAGGUGGAGAGGCUGCGGGAGAGUCUGGCGGGUGAGUUGGGGGCUCUUCCCGUGCAAAGCGAGGCGGAGGAGGGAGAGACCCGCGCCCGGCUCUCCUGUGGCUUCAACCCCGGAUCCCAUGUUCUCCAGCCGCCCUCUCCAUGCAGGGGGAAGCGGGGAUGCCUGGAAGGCGGCGGGGAUCCGGGGAAGAGCCCGAGAUUUGUUCUACAGUCUCAGGUACAGAAACUCGAAGCCAUGUGGAAGGAAAAGGCAUCUGGAGACCCAGAAGAGUCCUUGGAGCCAUUUGGAGUUGCUCUGCAGGAGAGAGAAAGGAUGGAGACACAACCUUUGGGAAAGGAGGGAGCUGGAAAACGCCCUUCAGCUGCUCAGCCUGGGAAGCUCUGGACAAGGACUGGGCAGAAGAUCCUGGAGGAGGAAACCAUCCUCCCUUCAGAAGUUCAGCCCUGGAAUUUCAUCCAAUAUCGGGAGGCUGAGGGUCCCCGAGGACUUUGCAGCCGACUCCAUGACGUUUGCAGGCGAUGGCUGAGACCAGAAAAGCACACCAAAGCCCAGAUGCUGGACCUGGUGGUUCUGGAGCAGCUCCUGUUCCUUCUGCCCCCAGAAAUGGAGGGCUGGGUGAGGGAAUGUGGAGCAGAAACCAGCUCCCAGGCGGUGGCCCUGGCUGAAGGCUUCCUCCUGAGCCAGGCGGAGGAGCAGAAGGAGCAGAUCAAGUUGCAGGGCUGCACUGUGGAAAUAAGAGAUCCUGAGGGAAAGAAGAAUCCAUCAAAUCCCCCUCAGAAGCUAUUUUUCAGGAGGAUCCCUUUGGAAGAUCAAAGCAAGGACACUUCAGGAGAGAAACAAAGCAUGAAGUUCUCUGGUUUUUACGAUGGAACUCAAACAGUGGUUGAACCUCCAAAUCAAGAGAGUCUUGUGUCCUUCGAGGAGGUGGGUGUGUAUUUCUCUGAGGAGGAAUGGUCUCAGCUGGAUUCUGACCAGAAAGCGCUGCAUUCGGAAGUCAUGCUGGAAAACCAUAUGAACGUGGUCUCUCUGGGUAAUAACGAGCAGGAGAAUCAAGAUUCCUCUGAACUGUUCCAAGUGAUCAAUGCUAAGGAUGGAAUAGAGAACUUUGGAAUUCGAAUGGAAUUCGAAAGCCAUGAGUGGAACCAGUCAAAUAAUUGGAAUCAGGAUAGCUCAUCUUCCACUGAUGCUCCGAUGCAAGAUUUUCAUGCCCAACAAGAAAAAAUUAGGAAAGAAUAUAUUGGGAAAAGUAUGAAACAAAAAGUAUUAACCCAAAACAAAAGAGAAGAUGCUGUAAGCCAGAAUGGAAAGAAUUACAAUGGGACAUUGAUUCUUUCUCUUCAAAAUAUCUUCCUUACAUCUCAAAAAGUGAUUCACGCUAAAAAGGAGCCUUAUAAAUGUUUGGAAUCUGGAAAACAUUUUAGAUCAAACAGGCAACUUACUUCCCAUGAAAGGAUUCAUAUUGCAGAGAAACAGUGUUCAGAAUCUCCUGUAGCCCAUGUAGCCCAGACCCUUCCAGCAGCGGGAGAGAAACCCUAUAAAUGCAUGGAGUGUGGGAAAGCCUUUACUUGUAGCAGGAAACUUACUAUCCACAAAGAGAUCCACACAGGAGGGAAACCAUAUAAAUGCUUGGAGUGUGGAAAGACCUUUGCUCAGAGCAGUGGACUUACUAUGCACAAAAAGAUCCACACAGGGGAAAAGCCAUUUAAAUGCAUGGAGUGUGGGAAAUCCUUUACUCAAAAAGGUAAUCUUAUUUCCCAUAAGAUGAUCCACACAGGGGAGAAGCCGUAUAAAUGCAUGGAGUGCAGAGAAACCUUUACUCAAAAAAGUAGUCUUAUUUCCCAUCAGGUGAUCCACACAGGGAAGAAGCCGUAUAAAUGCAUAGAGUGUGGAAAGACCUUUGCUCAUAGACGUAAUUUUAUUUCCCAUCAGGUGAUCCACACAGGGGAGAAGCCAUAUGAAUGCAUGGAGUGUGGAAAGACCUUUGGUCAACAUUGUUAUCUUAUUUCCCAUAAAAUGAUCCACACAGGGGAGAAGCCAUAUAAAUGCAUGGAGUGUGGAAAGACCUUUGCUCUGAGCAGUAGACUUACUAUCCACAAAAAGAUCCACACAGGGGAAAAGCCAUUUAAAUGCAUGGAGUGUGGAAAGACCUUUGCUCAAAGAGGUCAUCUUAUUUCCCAUAAGAUGAUCCACACAGGGGAGAAGCCAUAUAAAUGCAUGGAGUGUGGAAAGACUUUUGCUCAACAAAGUUAUCUUGCCUCCCAUAAAAAGAUCCACUCAGAAGAGAAACCAUUUAAAUGCAUGGAGUGUGGAAAGACAUUUACUAAGAGCAGUGCUCUUACUUCUCAUAGCAGAAUCCACACAGGGGAGAAGCCAUACAGAUGCAUGGCAUGUGGAAAGACCUUUGCUCAGAGCAGUGGACUUAGUUGCCACAAAAAGAUCCAUACAGGGGAAAAGCCAUUUAAAUGCAUGGAAUGCGGAAAGAGCUUUGCUCAGAAUAGUAAUCUUACUUCUCAUAAAAGGAUCCACACUCGGGAGAAAGUAUAUAGCAAUAGCAAUUCCACUUUAGACUUAUAUACCACUCCACAAUGAUUUACAGCACUGUCUGAGCAAUUUACAAAGUCAGCAUAUUGUCCCCAGGAAUCUGAGACCUCAUUUUACCGACCUCAAAAGGUUGAAACGCUGAUGAUGGAAAAAUUUAAUGGAGAAAUAAGGGAACAGAUGAAGGAGAAUAAUGAAAAAAUAAGAGAAGAUAUUGUGCUGGCUUUUCAAUGUUUGUCUAAAAAAGUUGAGGGGCUGGAAGAAGAGAUGCAACAGAUUUCUCAGUCAAAUAAGCACUUAGAAGAUAAAAUGGAAGGUAUUCAGACAAAAGUGGAUGAAAAUAAAGAUCAGGUUGUGAUAUUGCAGUACAAGCUUAUGGAAGGAGCUCUUAGAAUCCACAGUUUGAAGGAACAGAGAGGAGAGGACCUAAGAAAAAUCAUAUCAGAAGCAUUGGCUGAAUUUAUUGAAGUGGAACCCCAAGAGGUAGCUUAUCAAAUUGAUAAAAUAUAUAGAGUUAAUUUUUGGAUCGCAAGACAGAGAAAGCUUCCUCAGGACAUUGUGGUUUAUUUUGUGAAAAGAACUAUGAGAAAUCAGAUUUUGCAAGUUGCAUAUCAGACAACUUUGAAAAUUGGAGAACAGGAGUUGAAGGUCCUGAAAGAGAUUCCUUCCAAGAUGUUAAAAGACAGGAAGGAGUUUGUCUUUUUUACACAAAAACUUAAAAAACACCAGAUUCAAUUUAGAUGGGAGGUGCCAGUUGGUCUGACAGUAUUUUAUCAAGGAAGGAGAUACAGAAUUGACACUGUCUUAAAGACAAAGGAUUUUCUUUCUACAGUCUUGAAAGUUGAAAUAGAAGUGAUAGAAAAACUUCAAGAGAUCCAAGAAGGCGUGGUGACCCAAGAGGCUUCAUUGCUGCCAGCACCAGAGGAGCCAGAGCAAAGGGUUACGAGGAGCUCUUAAGCGUAAAGAGGAGCAACAGCUUCAAAGUAAAAGUCAGGACCCCAGAAUGGAAGCUGUGGGAGGAGCUAGACGGGAGAUACCGGAGGAGGAUCUUCUGUUGUCUGCUUCAAAGCUUCAGGAGGCCAGUAAUGGCAAAUAGAAUUUUGUCAUGGUAUGUUAAUGGCUUGAAUUCAGCUCAGAAAAGAAGGAAAAUAUUUCACUAUUUGAAACAAUUUAAAAAUGAUGUGAUUUGCCUGCAAGAGACACAUAUCAAAUUAUCAGACCAAAAAUACUUAAUAAACUCAAAAUUAGGUAAAAAAUUUUUUGCAUCAGCUUUGGAUAAGAAGCAAAAUGGUAUCGUUGUAUAUAUCAGGAAGGAUAUACCAGCUAAGUUAUUUGAGGCAGAUAUUCAAGAAAGAUUUAUUGCUAUUGAACUGGUGAUAGAUGCAAAAAAGGUUUUACAGAUAGGUAUUUAUGCGCCUAAUCAGCAAGAAGAAAAGUUUUAUAAAAUGUUACAUGAGAGGUUGACCCUCUGGGAUUACAGCUAAUUUAUUUUAUUAGGAGACUGGAAUGGAGUAAUUGAUACAAGAAAUGAUAAGAGAACCUCUUCUAAGAAGAUACCUCUACAUGCAAAAUUACCAAAAUCCUUUUUUGAAAUGAUGGAAGAUUUUGAGUUUAGAGAUAUAUGGAGGUUACGGAAUCCAGAUGAGAGAGAUUUUACUUUUUUUUCCGAUGGGCAUCAAUUUUUUUCACAUAUUGACUUUAUCUUAAUUUCUAAUGACUUGCUUUCUAGGGUGAAGAAAAUGAAGAUAUUUCCGAGGUGUUUAAUUGACCAUAGCCCAGUUUGGAUGGAAUUACUACAAGGAAAAAAAGGUGGUAGAACAUGGAGGCUGAAUGAAAAUUUGUUUAGAUAUGAGGAUAAUGUAAAUCAUUGUAAGAAACAGAUGAAGGAAUUUUUUGAUUUUAAUAUGCACAAGGGGACACCGAUAGGAACUGUGUGGGAGGCGAGUAAAGCUUUUAUUAGAAGUAUAUUGAUAUAUCUGGACAAUAGGCAGAGGAAUAAUAAACAAAGUCAGCGUAGAUACCUGGAAGAAGAAAUUCAAAAGAAACAACAAUUAUUAAUACAAAACCCACAAGAUCACAAACUUAAAGAGGCUAUAAGGAUAUUACAGAGUCAAUUUAAUAUGUUAAU